AAAACAGCUUUUUCUCCUUCUUGGGGGCAAGAAACUGCAACUGCUACUCCCUCUGUGAGCUGGAAAUCCAAAUCUUUACCUUCCUUCCUCAUCCUCCAGGUGUGAACUAGAAAACCAUACGAACCUGUUGCAAGGGAUAAACAGGCUUCCACGUCUGGCAUUGAUGUUUCUUCAGCUGACAUAUUACGCAAAGGAAGUUUCUGCGCUGCAUUCGUAUUUGGCCUUUGCUGAGUCCUGGAAAAUAUUAACAGCACCAAUGAAUGGGCUGAUCGUAGCUCUCAACUCCAGAUGACUUGCCCUGUAGUUCAGAAGGAUGUCGGCCAUUACUGAAAAUGGUGAUGCUUCUGCCGGAAAGCCAAAUGAAGAGAAAACAUAUAAAAAGACUGCAUCCUCAGCUAUUAAAGGUGCUAUCCAGCUGGGAAUAGGAUACACUGUAGGAAACCUUACAUCAAAACCAGACAGAGAUGUCCUUAUGCAAGACUUCUAUGUAGUGGAAAGUGUCUUUCUACCCAGUGAAGGGAGCAAUCUCACCCCUGCUCAUCAUUACCCUGACUUCAGAUUUAAGACGUAUGCACCUCUUGCGUUCCGAUAUUUCAGAGAACUUUUUGGUAUCAAGCCUGAUGAUUACUUGUAUUCAAUCUGCAGUGAGCCUUUAAUUGAGUUAUCCAAUCCAGGUGCCAGUGGGUCCCUCUUUUUUGUAACUAGCGAUGAUGAGUUCAUCAUCAAAACAGUUCAACACAAAGAGGCUGAGUUUCUUCAGAAGCUUUUACCGGGUUAUUAUAUGAAUCUGAACCAGAAUCCGAGGACUCUCCUACCCAAAUUUUAUGGGCUGUACUGCGUUCAGUCAGGAGGCAUUAAUAUUAGAAUUGUUGUGAUGAACAACGUUUUGCCACGAGCCUUGAGAAUGCAUUUCACGUAUGACUUGAAGGGCUCCACGUACAAGCGGAGGGCAUCAAGAAAAGAGAGGGAGAAGUCCAACCCUACGUUCAAAGACUUGGAUUUCUUGCAAGACAUGCAUGAAGGGUUAUAUUUUGACUCUGAAACUCACAGCGCACUAAUGAAAACACUACAACGGGAUUGUCGGGUAUUAGAAAGUUUUAAGAUCAUGGAUUAUAGUCUGCUACUGGGCAUCCACAUACUGGACAGUAACGUGAAAGACAAAGAGGGCGACAGUUCCCAGAGCACAUCUGAUGCGAAACGUCCUGGAGGGCAGAAAGUUCUCUAUUCUACAGCCAUGGAGUCUAUACAGGGCCCCGGGAAGUCUGGGGACUCUGUCAUCACAGAGGCAACAAAUACAAUGGGAGGUAUUCCAGCUAAAAGCCAUAAAGGGGAAAAGCUGCUUCUAUUUAUGGGCAUUAUUGAUAUUCUGCAGUCUUAUAGAUUAAUGAAGAAGUUGGAACAUUCCUGGAAAGCUCUUGUUUAUGAUGGGGACACUGUUUCAGUUCACAGACCAAGUUUUUAUGCUGACAGAUUUUUGAAGUUUAUGAGUACAAGAGUUUUCAAAAAAGUUCAAGCUUUAAAGACUUCUCCUUCCAAGAAACGGUGCAAUUCCAUCGCAGCCCUAAAGGCAGCAUCACAAGAAAUAGUGUGUGCGGUCAGCCAGGAGUGGAAGGAUGAAAAGCAUGGCGUCCUUACUGAAGGGCAGAGCUAUUCCAGCCUUGAUGAGGAAGUGCUAAGUUCGCGGCACCGGCCGGAUCUAGUGCCAAGUACUCCGUCGCUGUUUGAAGCAGCUUCCUUGGCAACUACAAUUUCUUCCUCUUCCCUGAAUGUAGAUGAGCGCUGUCAACGUGAUGAAACUACACUCUGCUCUAGCAGUAAAGGGCUGCCUUCGAGCUCAACGUUCACUUUAGAAGACAGUGCCAUCUACUUGACUUCGGAACAGAGCACACUGGAAAUGGAAAAUGAUAACGCUUCAGUUUUGGAUGUCUAUUUAUAAUAAAGAACACAUGAAAAAUAAACCUACAAAGAAUGGGAAGUGACCACAGCUGAUGAACAGCACCCUCUGCACUCCUGGUUUAAAAAGGAUGAAUUUGCUCAGCCUACUAGACAAAGAGAAAUAAUCCACUGAACUUAUCUCUAAGAAAUGUCAGGAUCUUUGAAGCGUGGAAAAGAUUGUUAGCCUUGGCAAAUGUGACAUGAAGCAUUCCACACUCCACUAUCGUGUACUGUCGCUUGCUGAACUGUGAAGAACUGUCUGUUAGAGCUGCUUUCUAGUAUACUGCCAAUCACCUUUUUUUGGACUUGAAAGUGGUAUUUUCUUAUUGACUUUUUGGUGACUUCAUUUGCAUGCAUUCUGUAACUAUGCACAAGCAAACUAUACUAUCUGCUUUACCUAUUUAAAAAUCAGCACAGCGGUGAGUAAAAUUAACUUCACUUGUUUUCACCAUUCAGUUCUAAUCACUUAAGUCCAUGUUGGUGGAAAUUGGAAUUGAUUACAUGUGAAAGGGUUAAGGUAAGCCUCUGCACAUACUAUAUGAAAAUGAGCCUCUAAAGCUAUUUUCACUGUUAGUGAAAAGAGAAAGAUGUUAUUUAUAACAAGGCCUUAUGUUGUGUACAUAUAUUGUCUAUGAAAUAUUUUUGAUUUUAGUUUAUUGCUUGUAAAAGAGAAAUUAUAUAAUUUAUUUAGUAAAAACUGCUGUAAACUAUAGUUUUAUUGACAAAUAAAAUAUUUUGUUCCCAGGACUCUGACGAGCGUCAACCUGUUUGUGAUUCAUACAAGAUGUACCGUUCUAGUAUUUCUGUACCUUCAAGAAACGGUCUUUAAGAGGUGGGCCAACCCACUGUGCAACAUGGCAUCUGUCUCUGCCUUCUACCAGCUCUUCAAUUAAGAGCUUCCACUGAGAAGGAGGAGUGACUAUAGCUGAGCAAUGUUAUUGAUCAGUAACUUGGCAUUCUUUCCCUCGUGCAUGAAGGAACAUACAUGCCAGUACGCACUACUCAACAACAGCAUUUCAGGAUUUUCAGUAUGGGCAAUCAUUUUAAGAUAAAUACAGAAACUGUUCUGGUUUCCUUAAUUCUCCUAACAGCAGGGACACAAUCGCAAGCACCAAUAACCACCAUCCAGGAUUUCACACUUUGAUGCAGCAGUGUAUUGAAAAAGUACAUAGUUUCUUCAAAAUAUAUGAAAGCUACUGGGAAUAAUGUUUCUUCUAGAAGUAAG